CACUGCGACCCACCAUGGACACCAUAUAGCUAUACGCUAUGGCACACUCUAAUCGCCAGAUCCCAAGGUCUACAGGGGGCGAAUACCAUGAGAUCGUCAUCCCUGGUUUUCUUUAUGAAGAUAUGAUGAGAUGCCACAGUGCAUGGGUAACCACUGGCCACAUCCACAACGCUGUACUUGAGGAAAUGCUCGAGACUUUGAAAUCGACAAAAGCAGGCCGAGAACUUGUUUCACUUCUGGACGGCGAGAGGAAAUGGUUCAUUAGGCUCGGUCACAUGUCGUCAAAAGACAGUCCCAUGGGGAGUGGAUUGCCAUCAUUGACGGUACGAGAUAUUAUGACGAAGCUCUGUACGUCCAUGCGCGCGUACACUUGUCUGCAACGUGAGAAGGCGCACGCAGAGAAAGAGGAUAAGGAGAUGAAGAUCAAACUUAUGCUCAACAGGUGGGAUGAAGGAAUGCAUCCUGGGACGGAGUUUAGGGUCUUUCUAACGGAAUAUGUGAUUGAUAUGUUACUGGAGCACGGGUUCAGUUUUGAUGUGGCGCUGGAGCGGAACAGCACUGUUCAACUAGUCGAGAUCAAUCCUUUCGGGGCAUUGUCGCCGUGUGGAGCUUGCCUUUUCAACUGGAUACUGGAUGGGAAAGUGCUUUAUGGAAUUGAGGAGGGACGGUUUGCUAUGACGUUGGAUGAGAAACGACCAUGAAGCCAUCAAGCUUGUGGC